AUGGGUCUUUCUUCCUUGUCGAUCGCCUUCAGUUUAGCAAAUAAUAAUUUAAGUGGAUCUCUUCCAUUGCAAGUUGGAUCUUUAAAGAAUCUUGGCAUAUUAGAUCUGUCUUACAAUAGAUUGACCGGCUUAAUUCCGACGUCCAUUGGCGAGUGCUUGGUAUUGGAACGACUUCACUUAGAAGCUAAUUCUUUUCAUGGUCAAAUCCCCGAAGCUUUACGUCCAUUACGGGGUUUACUAGAGCUGGACCUUUCCAAUAAUAAUUUUUCUGGUCCAAUCCCGAUCUUUCUCGCAGGGCUCUCACUACUCAUGUACUUGAAUUUGUCCUUCAAUCAACUAGAAGGACAAGUUCCAGAGGGUGGAGUUUUUCUUAAUGCAAGUUCUGUAUCGAUUUAUGGAAAUACGAAACUUUGUGGAGGUGUUCUCGGUCUGAAGCUUCCUCUUUGCAAAUCACCAAGCUCUAAGAAGUCUUCUUCAACCAAGGCCAGAGUAAUAUAUGUGGUAGUUGGCAGUUUGUUAUGUUUAGCUUUGUUGCUUCUAUGUCUGUCUAUCUACUACCGCAAAAAGAAGCAAACGACAACCAAUGCCUCCACUUCAUUAUCUUUCGAGAACCAAUUCUUGAGGAUUUCUUAUGAAGAACUCCUGAGGGCGACUGACAGAUUCUCCGAGACCAAUUUGAUUGGUAAAGGGAGAUACGGCAUGGUUUAUAAGGGGAUUCUUGAUGGUGGUGCCAUGGUGGCGACGAAGGUGCUCAAUCUAACGCAAAGAGGUGCUUCGAGGAGCUUUAUCUCCGAAUGUCGAACUCUAGGAACCAUUAGACACCGAAACCUCGUAAAGAUACUAAGUGUCUGUUCGAGCGUGGACUUUCGAGGAAAUGACUUCAAAGCUCUAAUUUAUGAGUUCAUGGCUAAUGAGAGCUUGGAGCAGUGGCUGCACCCUAGGACUAUAGGACAAGAUGAUGAGUGUAGCAAAUCAAGAAAUCUUAGACUAGUGCAGAGGUUAAACAUUGCCAUCGACAUAGCUACUGCAAUCGAAUAUCUCCAUAAGGAUUGUUAUCCAGCAAUCGUUCAUGGAGAUUUGAAGCCAAGUAAUGUGCUUUUGGACAUUGACAAGGUGGCUCGAGUUGGAGAUUUCGGGCUUGCAAAGAUCAUUUCAACAAUGUCUAUUGAAACCACAAGAGUUCCGGACCAAGGUGGUUCAACUUCAACCGCAAUCAGAGGAUCCAUUGGCUAUGUGCCUCCUGAUAUGAAACUGUCAUAUUUUUCUCUAUUAGUUUUUAGUUGA